AUGCGUGCCACCCUCGCUCUUACCGCCCUUUUGGGCCUAUCAAAUGCCGCUGCCAUUGAGCCUCGCCAAUCUCGUGAGACCAAGCUCUACAAGAUCGAGCUCGGACCUGAUGACGUCCGCACUGUCACCGAAACGGAGAAUCUUCAGUUCCUCGCCAGUUUCCCUAGCGCUGUCGCUCAAUCCUCUGCCGUCAAGGCUUUGUUGCCUAAGCUGAGCCAGGCUAACCUGCGCACUACUCUGACGACCUUCUCCAACUUUUACAACAGAUACUAUACAUCUGCCUAUGGUGAACAGUCUGCCGAUUGGUUGUUCCAGCAGGUUGAGUCUAUCAUCUCUGCCAGUGGAGCCAAGGGCGUCAAGGUUGCCAAGUUCAAACACACUUGGCGUCAGCCCAGUAUCAUUGCUACUAUCCCCGGAAAGAGCGAUUCUACUAUCGUUGUUGAUGACGAUGGAUCUGGAACUGUUACUAUCCUCGAGGCCUUCCGUGUCCUCUUGAGCGACUCUCGUGUUGCAUCUGGUGAAGCACCCAACACUAUCGAGUUCCACUGGUACUCUGGCGAGGAGGCCGGUCUUCUCGGUAGUGGUGCCGUAUUCAACCAGUACAAGCGCGAAGGUCGUCCCGUCAAGGCCAUGCUCAACCAAGAUAUGACUGGUUAUGUCAAGCCUGGUACCAAGGCCGUUGCUGGUGUCAUCACUGACAAUGUCGAUGCUGGUCUGAGCGCCUUCCUCAAGAAGGUCAUCGCUGCUUACUCUUCUCUUCCUGCUGUCGACUCCAAGUGUGGUUACGGUUGCUCCGAUCACGCUUCUGCUACCCGAGCUGGUUACCCUGCAGCUCUCGCAUUUGAGUCUACCUUUGAGGACAGCAGCCCUUACAUCCACUCUGACAGGGACACCAUUGACACUGUUAACUUCAGCCACAUGCUCGAAUUUUCCAAGAUUGUCACUGGAUUUGCCUAUGAGCUUGGAUUUGCUACAAACCUGUAG